UUCCAGGACUCGUUCCGCUGCCACAGCGUCUCGCUGCUCGCAGCGGAGCAGCAGCGCGACGCGAGCCGGCUCGAGUACUCGGACAAGAUCAUCCUGCCACCGUCGUGCCUCGAGAAGCUGGCGCAGCUGGAGAUCCAGUACCCAAUGAUGUUCCAGAUCGCCAACCCGCGCGCCAUGGAGCGCAAGCUGCACUGCGGCGUGCUCGAGUUCAUCGCACAGGAGGGGAUGGCGUACCUGCCGUACUGGAUGAUGGAGAACCUGCGCGUGAGCGAGGGCGACAUCAUCCAGCUGCGGUCGGUCAACCUCAACAAGGGGUCGUACGUCAAGCUGCAGCCACAGCUCACCGACUUCAUCAAGAUCUCCAACCCAAAGGUUGUGCUCGAGCAGUCGCUCCGCAACUUCUCAGCGCUCACAAAGGGGCAGACCUUCCGCAUCCUGUACAACAAAAAGAAGUACGACAUUGGCGUCGUCGAGGUGAAG